AUGUCUGCCUUCAUCCGAUCCCUGCCCUUCGCCGCCCUCGCCGUGGCCUCUUCUGUCUCCACAGGCUCGCCGGACGCUUCGCCGCCUUACUCCCUGCCCUCGCGCUCCUUUGGCCUCGCCCUCGCCCAACCCAACGCCACAACCUCGCUGCCCGUUCCCGGGUUUGGCACCAACGACACAUCAAGUGCCAACGGCGCCGGCGCCUGGGGUCUCCGCAUUCUUGUUGCCGCCGACUUGUCUCUCGAUGACGCCGGUUCCGGCUCCUUUGCGCACGAUGAUGUUACCCAGCUCACUGUCCUCGCCCUUGCCUCGCCCAACGGCAUUGCACCUGAAGGCGAAGCCUGCGCCACCAUCUGGCGGGGCCUCAGCUCCAAUGCUACGCGGGACGCACAGGGCGAUGACGGCAGCUGCGAGGAGCUGAGCGAUGCGUGUAAGAAGGACCUCGAGGCGGCCGGUGCGUGUAGCGGCGAUGUCGAAGUGCCCAGCAGCUGCGAGGACUGGAUCUCGACUGAUGUCUCCAGCUGGGCGUUCCGCGUCCCCAAGAACAUCACGGAGACGGGUCGUUUCUUCGCCCACGCCAGCGGUGCCGAGGCCGAGGGCUCUGAUGCCGCGCAGGAAGCCUAUGCUGUGGCCGUGACAAACGUCUGGCCUGUGGUGCUCAAGUGGGGCGAUGACUCGACUGCGCUGCGCUGCGUGCGCGCCUCGAGUGUCGUGCAGGGCAGCGAUGAUCCCGAUGAGGUCCCUGAUCGUGAUGCAACCGACGGCGGCAGCGACAACGGCGGCGACGAGAACAGCAACGGCGGAAGCAACAACAACAACAACGACGACGACGACAACGCCGCCGGCACCCUCCGGACUGGGAUCGUCGGGGGCCUGGGCGCAGUGGCGGCAGCGUUGAUGCUGAGCGUGUAA